GUUUCUUGCAAUUUACAUUAAUCUAUUCAUACACUUCAUAUUGCAAUUACCCAAAAAUCAAAACUUAAAUCAUAUUUUAUAUUUGUCUUUUCCAGUGUGACAUAAUUUGUUCGCUUAAAAUUACCUAAACAACCCAAAAUUAAUCAUAAGUUGCGCUUUAAGACGCAAUUCGCAAGAAGAUUAGUGGAAUUAUGUGACACUAGUCUGUCUCAUUUAAUUUGCUACAUUUUCAAUAAUAUUUUUUAAUUCUCAUCCACACAUCUACUCUAUCUUCUAAUUAAUAUUAUCCAAUAUUUGUCACAAAUUCUUGGGUAGUAAUUGAGGAAAAAGAAAAACCUUUGUUUUUUAAUCUAAAAUUGCAAUCAUGGUCUUUCUGUGAAGUGUGCACCAUUUUAAACUCUCUAAAGAUAUAAAAAGAGGGCAAUCUUACAAACAAAACAAACAAAUCUUACUGCCUGCUAUUUCUAUGUUUGAUUGCAUUGCUUGUUUCAUGAAUUUAUUUCUAGAGAGAGAAAGCAAAAAAUGAAUACGUAGAAUAAAAAAAGAUCAUAUUCUGAAGUCUGAAAUUGUGCAGCUAGUAUUGCAGUACUAUACAGCAAUCUCAGAUAAGUAAUCCAUGGGGGGGUUAAGAAAAUGACUUCCAUGACAAAAAAUACAUAAAAAUCAUCAUCAUAUCUUCACGGGUUCAUCUAAUAAAAAAAAUAGUGUACUUUUUUCUAGUACAGAGUACGCUGAGAGAAAAUAAAGACUAGAUAGAAAAGAAGGCAACAAGAAUUGAACUCAAUGCAAGAAAAGUUGGUGCAUGCUAAUUCUCUUUUUGUGGGCUGAAUAUAUACUUAACUGUAUAUUUUAAUAGUGGACAAACAUAAAAAAACAGACGGCUAUUUAUGUAGGUAUAUGUAUGUCACCACCACAAGUGGACCUAUUUUUAUUGAAAAAAAUCUCAUCUCAUAUUUGGUUUAAUAUUCUCUUUCUCUAUCUACAUUUGGGUAGUUUUCUUCUACUUCUCUCUCUACUUUCCACUCAUCAUCUAGCUAUAUUAUCAACUUCAAAAAUACCAAAAAGAGAGUAAAAUAAUGGGAUUUUUAGUAUAGUGAGUGGGUAUUUAACUUAUAUAAGAUAUAAGAUUAGAUAUCAAACAAACAAAAGUUUGCAAAAACAAAUAAAGAUUAGUUAUUUUUUUGUUUUACUUUACUUGGAGGUUUGUUGAAGAAAGACAAUGUUCCAAGGAGCUAUGUCCAAUUCAACUUUGUCCGAGGAGACUAGCAGUCUUUCUAGCUUUAACCCUUUGAUACUACAAAGCACAACUAAUAUCCUCACUCCUUCUCAUCAUCAACAACAACAACCACCACCUCCCAAAAAGGUCAAGAAAAAGAGAAGUCUCCCAGGAAACCCAGACCCAGAUGCUGAGGUGAUUGCACUAUCACCAAAAACACUAUUAGCAACAAAUAGGUUUAUUUGUGAGAUCUGCAACAAAGGGUUUCAAAGAGAUCAAAAUCUUCAAUUACAUAGAAGAGGGCAUAAUCUUCCAUGGAAGCUUAAGCAAAGGAAUAAGAAUGAAAUUGUUAGGAAAAAAGCUUAUGUUUGUCCAGAACCUACUUGUGUUCAUCAUCAUCCAUCCAGAGCUCUUGGAGAUCUUACUGGAAUUAAGAAACAUUUUUGUAGAAAACAUGGUGAAAAAAAAUUUAAGUGUGACAAAUGCUCCAAGAUUUAUGCUGUUCAAUCUGAUUGGAAGGCUCACUCUAAAACUUGUGGCACUAGAGAGUAUAGAUGUGAUUGUGGUACCCUUUUUUCCAGGAAAGAUAGCUUCAUAACUCAUAGAGCAUUUUGUGAUGCAUUGGCUGAAGAAAGUGCAAGACUCUCAACAAACCCUUUUUCAAACCCUCUUUUUCCACCACCACAAUCCCAACAAUCAUCCCCUUCUUUCUCCACCCUUCAAACCACCCACCAAAACCCUAAUUCCUCUCUCUUCCCUUUCCCCUCUCCAUCUUCAAACUCUCUCUCAUCUUCUCCAUGGGACCCACCUAACCCUCUCAUCCACAUCAAAACUGAAAACCCUAAUAAUUUAUCUCCACCACCCUUUUUCCAACCACCCCAUAUCUUCACCAACCACUCCAAACCCACCUUACUAACUACCACCACCCUACCCUUCUCGUCGUCUGACGCCGCCCCCAUUUCUUCCUCUCAUCCGUUCCUCUCAGCCACCGCCCUUCUCCAAAAAGCCAGCUCUGUAGGCUCUCAAUCUCAUCAUCAUCCCUUAUCAACAAUACUCAUGAAUGGAUUUGAUCAUCAUGAGUUAGCAACAUUUUCCCCACAAGUGGGAGUGGGUCCCACACCCACUGCCACUACAGAGAUGGCAGCGGGUUUUACCCAAAUGGGACCCACACCCUCUACCAUAAAUAGUAAAUCCACAACAUCAACGACCAUUAAUAAUAACAAUAACAAUAAUAAUGAUCAUUUAUCCGCCAUGCUAUCUGCAUGGCGGAAGAGCAAUGAUGGACUAACAAGAGACUUCCUAGGGCUCACUGCAGGUGAUUAUAACACCAAUGCUAGUGAUGAAAUGGUUGGGAAUAUGUUAAAGUUCACGGGUGGGUUACAAUAUCAGAUGACAGGUGGCUAUGAUCGUGACAACUCAGCAUCAGCAUCAGUAUUGUUGAAGAAUCAACAGCAACAUCAAGAAGUUGAUCAUGGGUUUGGUUUUGUUGCUGCGGCUGAAACUCCUUCUGCUUCUGCAGGAUCAAGGUGGGGGUGAUUCUAGCAAAUCUAGCUAGCUACUAGAUUUUUUUUUUUUUUUUUUUUUUGUCAAUGGUCUGAAAUUAAAUUCUCCAUUUUACAUCUACAUGGUCAUGCAAAUUGCAAAGCUAUGAGGUGUAGUUUUUGGUUUUAUUUUUAUUUUUAUUUAGAGGUACGUUCUUAGAAUUAUUCUCAUAAAUUAAAGUACGUCGGGGAUCGGAGGACCCAUGUAAUUGUACGUUGUAGUAAUUUCAUUAAAAAAAUGUUGUUAUUAUAAUAAGAUCUUAAAUCAA